AUGAGCGCUCGUUCGACUUUCCCUUCGCUUUCUUGUGUGCAUGUGUGUGCCUAUGUUGACAAUUUCGCGAUGCUGAGAUGGUACGCCUGUGCAAGGCCAAAGCAGGCAGGAGGUCAGCUCGGCAAGAAAAUGGAAAGAUUACGGCCCUCUUUUCAGAGUGACAAAAUAGUGAGCCCAAUACGCGACCCUACCUCCGCGCAUGGUAGCGGAGCUGGUUCGGUAGGCCCCGACGCUCCAAGGGUGCGCGGGCCGAACCGCCACCCAUCAGCCGCCACGUCCGAGUGGUGGGGCUGGUGGGACUGGGACUCCGACUGGAGUUCCCAGGAGGAGGCUCCUUCCAGCCAGGCACCACAGGGUGCCAAGGGGAGCGGAGCCGCUGAAGCUCCAGCUCGACCGCGCCGCCCUCUCAUAGGCGAGCGCACAGAAGCCCCUAACCAAAACCGGGGCAGAACAGCCGAGCCCGAAAAGGGCAAAGGCAAAACCGGCCCGAGUGCGGGUCGCCCCGCCUCGGAGUCGGGGAGCCGAACCCCCCGCCGAGGGGAAAAGGGAGCAGGGAAGCCCACCAAGGGCAAGCCUGCCAAAGGAGCUGCGCAGCCCGCCAAGGGCAAGGCAGCCCAAGCUAAGGGAGCAGAGCAGCCCGCGAAGGGCAAGCCAGCUCCAGCAGGCAAGUCCGGAAAGGGAAAGCCUGCGGCCCAGGAGCCCGCGCAAGGGUCUGAGAAGAAGAAGAACCACCGAGGUGGUCGUUCCCAAGCGGCCCGCGCCACCCGCGAGGCCCGGCGCCGAGAGGCGCGAAAGAGAGGAGAGGGCCCGGGGACUGAUAUCCCAGAGCCGCGCACCGCGGAGGAAACUGAGGAAGGUGCCGGCCAGGUGAUUCAAAGCCCCAGCUCUGAGUCCUCCUUGGACACCGCGGCGGUGUUCCAGUCUUCACAGGCCCCGCGCCUGGAGAAGACACACCAGACUCCGAAGGAGAGCGGGAAGCCCGCAGCUUCCUCUUCUAGCGGGGCCGUCCCUGCUAAGAAAGAGGAGCCGGCAGAGCGGGUCGUCCCGCCUGCCUCCGCAGAGGCGGCCGCAGAGCCAGCCGAGGAGGCAAAACCAGAAGCCUCACCGAAGCCUGCGCCCAAGGCAGCCGAGGCAAAGGAGGAAAGCUCUGUGAGCCCCAGCUCCGAAGCUGGGCAAGAGCAAGCAGCCCCGGCGAGCAGAGCCGAAGGCCUUACCAAGAGGCGCUCCGGCAGCGAAGGCCCGACGGUGAAGGCGCCGCCGCCUCACCUUGGGCCACCGCCUCCACUCAAGGAGGAGCCGAGGCCGCACAGCCAGGGCCAGCAGAGCCCGAGGCUGCGGUACCUCCCGCGCCUCUGGGAGGAAGCUCCGGAACAGGAGCAAGAGCCCACCUCACCGGCCAACGACGGUGACCAAGUGGAGACAGAGGAGAGCUCCUCUGAGGGCCAAGGGCCAUCAGCCAGGCUAUCUUCGACGCGUCAAGAGAUGAGCCAGCAACCGGCUUAUCCACCCCCGCAGGGCGACCCCGUGGUCGAGGCCCUGCGCGGGGAAGUGGCAACCCUUAGGGGGUUACUGGAGAGCCAAGCGCAGCAGCUGCAGGCUGCGAUUGGCGAGCUUGCGGCCCAAAGACAGCAAACCCAGGGCCUUGCUGCAGCAGCCGCUCCGGCGGCACCCGCCCCUGCGCCUGCGCAGGCGAGCGGUGGAGGGCACUUGCUCAAGAGCAUGCGGCUCCCUGCCGCCUUUAAGGGGCGAGACGACUGGGAGCGCUUUGCCUUUCAGGCAGAGUCCUACCUGGCGGUCGUAGACACCAGGUACCCAGCAGAGCUGGAGGUGGCUCGAAAGUGCAAGGUGCCACUCCAGAUGACCGCCAUGACCGAAGAAGUGCGGACCAUGAGUGUCCGCCUCUUCGGCAUGCUGGGCAGCUGGACCCAGGACUCCGCCACAGCUGUAAAGCUGGCGCGCGGAGUGAAAGGCCAGAACGGGUUCGAGCUCUGGCGUCUCCUCUGGCAGGAGCACAACCCGGAGAACGAGUCCAAGAACCUCACCUGGAGGCGGACUCUGCUGAUGCCGAAAUUCCCGCCAAAGGAGAGCGACUUCUCCUUGGCUCUGCAGGAAUGGGAGGCAGAUGUGGACCGCUAUGCCUCCGAGUAUGGCGCAGGGCGCGCCCUAGCAGACGAAGAUCUGCGGGCAGUGCUGGUGACCGAGAGCCCCAACGCUCUCAGGCAGCACCUCGCUAUGCACGCGGCGAGUCUAAGGACUUAUGCCGAGGUGAGGGAGGUAGUGGUGAGCUACUUGCAAGCCAAAAGGGUUUGGACCCCGAGUGCGGGCUACGCCGCCUCUUCCCGAAGGGACCCUAACGCCAUGGACAUUGGCAGAAUAGGGGACCACGGAAAAGAAGGGAAGGGCAAAGGCGACCAAAAGGGCAAGAAGGGGGACAAGGACCACAAGAAGGGCAAGGGCGACCACGACAACAAAGGAAAGAAAGGGGACAAGAAGGGGAACCAGCAAGGAGGCAGAGACGGCAAGGAAAGAUGCCCAAUCUGCUGGAAAACGGGGCACACCGUAAAGGAGUGCUGGUUCAACGCCAAGGGAAAAGGCAAAGGCAACAAAGGCCAGGUGGCCCAAGUGGCCGACGACGCGGCCACAACGUUGUCAACAGCUUCCUUGGCGACUGCGGGCCCCUCCGCGUCCCAAGCUGGUGGAAGCACCGGUGGCUCUGGCGGCAAAGGCCAGGUGCGCCAGGUGCGCGACGACCGCAUCUUAGGUGUGCGGUUUGCCCCGCCUCACGACACCGAGCCAGAGGAAGAAAAGAUCCUCAAGGUGUCGGGGAGUCUUCUCGUGGACUCCGGGGCGUGUGUGUCCGUCUGCAGGCCCGAGGCGUUUCCCGACCUGCAGCCCGCGGGCCCACCAAGGAGCCUUUACUCGGUGGACAACAGCCGCCUGAAGACCAAGGGCCGUGUCCAGCCGAGCCUCCUCUUAGGGGAGGAGCGCCAGUCCUGCAAGGUCAACUUUGAGGUGACCGAGGACAUAGAGGACGAGAUCCUCAGCAUCAGCCGUGCUGUUGAGGCCGGUGCGGGCAUUUGGCUCCACCAAGAGGACAGCCACAUUUUGUGGCCAGACGGCGUCCGAGCCUCGAUCCUCAAAAGAGGGUCACAGUUCCUCCUACCCUACGAGCGGGAGCUCCCGCCGGGGUCAACAAACUGGGUGGCACCGGUGGCGCCAGAGCCACCAAGCCCAGGCCGAGACCUGGGGCACUACGAGUACAUCCCGGAACACGACCUCGAAGCUCGGGAGGAGCAGGCUGAGCAGCCUGACUCAAGGCCACGCGGCCUAAGGGCACCGCGCAACCCCACGGCGCAAGAACGCGCCGAGCACGAGCUCACUCACACGCCCUACCAGGCGUGGUGCGAGAAGACCCGCACCGCCGCCGUGAGCCCGCUGAUGAUGCCACUUGUCACCAUGGAUUAUCAGUUCUACAGCCGGGACGGGAAAGAAGUUGAGGAAGAAGCGUCGCUUGCCACGGUGCUGAACCUCACAGACAGAGCCACUGGCUGGACUCUGUCAAUUCCCGUGGCGCACAAAGGGCACAGAUACGCGGCCUACGCCGCGGGGCUUGUGGAGCAGUUCGUGGAUCGCCUGGGGUACGACAAGUUCACCCUGCAGGCCGACCAAGAGAAUGCUCUAGCCUCUGUGGCCCGUGCGGUCCACCGCCGGCUGGGAGCUGCUAGGGUUCGCACUUGGCUCUCGCGGCUAAGAGCGGACUACCCCGCCUUAGAGUGGGACACUUCGUCCAACCUGUUCCCGUGGCUGGUCAGGCACGUCGCCUGGUUGCAAGCCCGUUUCGGGACUAAGUCAACGGACGGGGUGACACCAUAUCGGGCAGCCACCGGCACCGACUAUGGUGGAGCACUUUGCUCCUUUGGGGAAACCGUGCUAGCCAAGCUCCCAAGGCCCGGGAACAAAGCGCAAGUGCGCUGGGUCAAAGGGGUCUGGACUGGCAAGCUGGAGCGCGACGACUCCCACGUGGUGCUAACCGAAGCGGAUUUGGCCGCGCAGCGCCAGCCGAUGAUGGUGCCCAUCCCUUUGGCCACGCCGGCCGAGGAGGUGGAGCGGCUAGAACCGCCCGGUGAGCCCUGGCUCUUUCACGACGACGAGGCCCUCCCAGUGGAAGGGGCCGAGCAGGCCAGCAGGCUACCGGACGCCAGCCCCACCGAGGAGCUGGCUAACGCCGACAUACCGGGCGAGCGGGACGCGUGGGUUGGGCAGGUGACAGACCUGCUAGACCGCAUGCUCGACCCCAAGCAGGUCGAGCAGGCACGCAAGGAGCAGCUGAGAAAGCUGUGGGACCGAGGCGCUUUCACGCCCGUGCUGCGGUCGGAAGUACCGCGCGGGGCCCGCUACAGCCCAGAGCAAGAAGCUGGCAUGGACGUUUUCGUCCCAACGCCAACGCCCGAGAGUCACUCCCUUUUGGAAGUAGCAGCGCUACACAAUGAAGGGUGGGUCACUAGGUCUUUGGAUAUAGUGGCAGCCUUUUUGAUCGGGAGGGACCGCGGUGCGGCGGAAGGCUGCCCGGUCUAUAUGCAUGCGCCCGUGGAGUGGCGCGAGCUCUUCGACCAGUGGGUCUUGGAGCAACCUGCAAAGGACCAACAGUGGUACCGAGACCACUUCCGGGACUUUGUGUUCAGGGUGGACGGCAACCUUUACGGCCGUAGAACGGCCGGGUCCGUCUACAGGGACGAGCUGGAGGAAGUCUUGACUGGCAAGCUCAGCAAGGAAUACGACUUCCAGCGAGGCGUGAAGGGCCCGUGCGUGUUCCUAGACCGCCGGUCCGGCUUGAUCCUUCUCCACCAUAUCGACGACAUUCGUGUCGCCGGGCCCAAGGCCGCAGUGCUGAAGUUCACCGAGGUGGAUCUCCCGGCACACUGCGAGAUAACGGUGGGAGAACUGGAGGAGCCGGGCACAGCGGUGGAGGACUCGAUCCUCACGCUGCCCGACAGCAAGCACGCAGAGAAUGUGUGCGAGCAGCUCGGCAUAGGACCCAAAGACAAAGGGGUCGUGCCGAGCAAGCCUCUGGACCUGUCAAGGUUCCGCAGUGCCGUCGGUAGUGCCAUCUACCUGUCGGCAGACCGGCGUGACAUACAGUUCGCCGUGAAAGAGCUGGCACGCAGAAUGCAAAACCCACGCAUCUGCGAUUGGCUCGCUGCGGAAACCCUCGCGCGAUACCUGCGGGCAACCCCGCGGUUUGGAAGAGUGGUUGUGCUGGACCCGGCGUCCAAGAGCACAGCCCUUCUGAACCUGGAGGUCUACUCAGACUCCGACUGGGCGGGGGAGGCCGUCUUCCUACGAGAACUUGCGGAGAAAGACUUCGCCCUGGCCUGCGGCUUGCCGCGGCUCUGGGCGGACUCCGCAGCUUCGAUCGGAGCCGCCAAGCGGAUAGGCCCAGGGUCUAAACUUAGACACCUGGAAGUCGCUGAAUUUUUCGUCCAAGGCGCGCUCAGAGCCAAACUUCUCGAACUGAGAAAAGUUAAGGGAACCGAGAAUCCGGCAAACUUCGCCACCAAGCACGCGAAGACUGGACCGGAGGUGCGGCAAUCCCUGCCCUCCAUGGGCAUGGUGGACCUCGACGCAGUCGCAGGUGCCGCCGAGGCUCUUGCCCAAAAGGGCACGAUCAAGACAAUCCAGGCAAGCCCCUGGAAAAUGAGUCCGCCGACCAAGCUUCCGAGCUCGGCGCUCAUGGCCACAAUUGUGGCACUGCAGGUUCGACCUGCAAAGGCCCAAGGGCACGACUUCGCUGAGCUGGUGCUCGGCUUCGCGGCCCUAGGCUUCCUGGCCUUCUUGUGGAUGUUUUGCAGGCCAGAAGCGCCAGAAGAGGCGCAAGCAGAAGCGCCGAACCAGGCGCAGGCAGAAGCGCCGAACCAGGCGCAAGCACAAGGAGGUGGGCAGCAGCCCAGGGGGGCUCAAGAGCCAGAGCCUGAGGGCGAGCGGACCCCGGGUCCGCCCCCUGCGGCACACGUGCCACCACCACCGCCGCCCGCAGCACCAAGGGCGGCGCUGGCGUAG